CACACAUCUACCUAUGCCCCGCCGACACAUUCUGACACUGCUCGCACCGGCGUGGGGCCACGCUCUCCCCUACAUCCAUCUGACCACGCGCAUGCUGGCCCAGGAUCCAGAGCUGGUCGUCACCAUCGUGCAGCACAAUUUGAUUGUGCCGAAAAUGCUGAAGGAGCUGGGUGGCUGCACCUAUGAUCAGAGCAGGCUCAAGAUCGAGGCUGUUGGCGACGAAGAAAUGAAAUUCACACAGGCACUCAUCGGUACAGUCUUAGAGGAACUGGGUGGUAAGUGGCUAGAGACUCUCACAAAGGCUGUCGGCGGCGCUGGGGAAUCCGCCUGGCCCAGGCCCUACACUGUCCAUAUGGAUUUCUUCGGAGCCGGGUUCGUCGCUGCUCCCACGAAAGCCUUGCUGGGACCCGGAGGCAAGAUUGUGAUGUGGGGUUCUUGCGGAGUCAACGCUAUUCCGGACCACUUCAGCGACUAUAACUUUACCGACAUCACGCGGGAAAUAUACGCGGACGAGUCGCGCCGUGGGGGCAGGUCGAUGGAGGACAUUCUCGAUGAUGUUACAUCCGCAUGGAACGGCAGCGACAAACUCGACGGGCGCACAAUCAAGAUCGUUGGUUCAUUGGAGAUGUACGACCACGAGCACGUGGCACGCGGUGCCGGCGGUCCUCAUGGGCUAGGCUCUGUGCUUUCCUCUGCACAGGAUUGCACCCGGAUUGCAGAUGCUAUUCUCUGUCCUACCAGCAGUGCGAUGGAACCCAUCGCGGCCCAGUUCUGUCGAGAGUAUUAUCACAAACGCGGUCAGGAGCUCUUCCUUGUGGGCCCGCAGAUGCACGAAAGGGACUGGAGCACCCGGUCGGCGGGUCCUGGCCCGAGCGAGGAGCGAAUCAAAACUUUCCUAGACAACGCACGGGAAGAGUUUGGACCGGGUUCCGUGCUGUAUAUCUCAUUUGGUUCCCUCUUCUUCCCGCUUGCCACUCCGCACCUCGUUGAGGUCAUGGUGGACGUCCUUCUUAAGUUAGAAACCCCUCUUCCGUUUGUGUUCGUUCUUGCGGGAGCGAUGGCCUCUCUGCCUCAGGACACUAUCGAUCGAAUACACGCCAGCGGGCGAGGUCUAGUGUGCGAUUUCUGGGUCGAUCAGAAGGCGAUCGUGCAGUGCGGCACAGUCGGAUGGUUCUUGACCCACGGCGGUUACAACUCGUUGACGGAGUCCCUAAGCCAAGGAAUUCCACUUAUCUUCUGGCCCGUCGGGGCAGAACAGGCCGUCAACGCUGCGAUGCUUUCAACUGGACCCAUUCCAAUUGGUAUCGAACUCUUUCAAAUUCGAGCUGGAGAGCAGCUGGGACCGUCGCUUCGUUCCGAUGCACCAAAAAAUAUCACUGGCACAGUCGAAGACGCACGAGUUGAAUUCGAGCAGACUUUCGAAGCCCUCAAGGGCGCUCGAGGGAAGAAACUGCGGCAGAAUGCGAUCCACAUCGCGGAUUUGUGGCGGGAGGAGCGGAAGGAUGGAGAGCCAGCACGUGAUAUUGCGAAGCUGAUAGAAUUCUGAGCGAAGUCUCGAUAUCAAUUACGGAAUGACAUAGAUGUAUACAGCUCCUUCUUUACCUCUAUUUCCAGUGAAUUCCCGCGAAAGCGUGAUUUUUAGGCUGCGC